ACAGUGUACAUGUACACGCACACGUGCGCAAGUACGGUAGUGCACAUAUAUACUGCACAUGUACAGUACUUGUACGUUGUACGUACAGUACGCCUACCGAGUACUGCCAUGAUAAUAGCAUGACAAGCCAAGUUCAGUUGAUGUUGUGGGCGUGCAGCUUCAUAUUAUGUUGUUUCUACUUCCAUAAUAUCUGUUCACAUCAUAUUUGUUCAUCAGUCAGGCAAAGAUUGCGCUAGACGUACCGCAGAUUGGCUACAUAAGUGACGUGGCUACAUAAGUGACGUGGAGAACAGUGUCGAGUCUAGUUAGUAGGAUUGUCCGCCCGGUGAGUGACUGACAUGCACUGACAAGCGAUGGUUUGCGAUAUUAUUUACCGGCCGUGAACGUGGUCUACCUUCGUCGCACAGCUUUACAAUUGGCGACCAGUCUUCGAUAUCAGCAACCCAAGACGUGGCACUGGCAUUCAAAACGUGGCAGCUCGUGUUUCUUUGGUACUUGUGUUGUAUUUUCCCAGGACUCUAGGUUGACAUCACUCAGCCACUUAUUAAGCGUGCACAGCUUCGCUCUACGAGUACAUCUGGGCUGUCAAAAAAUCAAGCAGAGCCAAGGAGUCGCCGGCCGUAGUCAGCGCAGGUUUUCUCCGGCAGGUACAAACAUGUGGAUUUCAGUGAGGAGAUUAUGGCUAGGAGCAGCGAUUUUGUGGAGUACGAUGCUGUGCAUUGCGAGCGGAGUGGUUGUGGACACCGAGGUCGAUUCAGAAACAGACUUUUUACCAGUUGUUCUGGCACAUGAGGAGGAGCAAAGCGACAGAGGAGGGAGUCUUCAUGAGUCAGGGGUGUUCGAAGGAGCCUUACACUACGUAGACGAGGAAACCGAGGCUUCGUACAGCCAAGAUGAUCUCUCGUGUACGGAGUUACGCUCAAAGAGAUACAUCUCGGAUGGAUUCUGCACGAGCACCCGGCCCAUCACUGAGAUGGUCUGCACAGGGGAGUGCGUACCCAGAAGCCUGUUGAACGAGGGCGCCGAUAUCGUGAAAGUGUGGGGCAGAACCAAGACCAAGGAAUGGCGCUGCGUCAACGAUGUGGUGAAGCUGCGGCGUGUGCACCUCGUGUGUAACAACGGCGAGACCAGGACUUACAGGAUUCGCACCGUCAAGAGUUGUAAAUGCAAGCGGUAUGACAAGCGGCACAAUGAUUCGGACCUGGAAAACACUAACGAGAACGCUAACGAGGAGAGGCCCAGCCGCGAAGACAGACGGCGGGACAGAAGGAAGCAGAAAAGACAGAACAGAGAAAGGAGCAACCGGCGCAAUGACAGAGAAAAAAGACUCGCCAGCUUCCCAGAAGAUAACUGAAUCUCGAUUGAGACUCUCUCAAACUGGGAGAUAAUUUGCUGUUCGAUAUAUAAAUAUAUAAAUAAGACCCUUUAAAAAUGUCGGCCAAGCCGAUGAUAUUACGCCCUGACUGUGGACCAUUGCCCCCUUCAAACGGACAGUUGACUGGUUCAUCAUGAUUGGAGUACUGUCUAUUGUACUCGACAGCCUUUAACACGCACUUUUCUCUGACUUUUACUCACCCAACAAUUUCGGUUUUUAUUGUCAUUUUUUGAUGCCGGGCAUUUUUAAAUAAUGUUCCAAGUCGUACACUGCAGCACACUAUUUAGGUAUUUUAACGACUAGUACUUCGAAGUACCGUUUGGACCGUUGUGUUUUAUGAACACCACCUUGGAAGAUCUAUACGCUUGGAGGAGCUGCUGACGCAUCCUGAUGGCCAUCACAAGUGCCAUGAGCAUGGAGACCAUACCAGGAAGAUCUGCUUGCACAUGGGCUUCUUCUCAUUGGUAGCCCAAAACGUAACCCUCGAUUUGCUUUGAUUUCCCAGCCGUACGUCUGCUGUCCUCCCUGACACCAUUAUGGUCUUUCUAGUACUGAUUCCACCAUGUGCACUGUGGACCUACUGAUUCACAUGUAAAUAAUGCUGUAUUUUAUUCCCAGCAAACAGCAUAGUGUAUUCGUGUACAGUUAUUUUUAAAGGAAAGAGAAACCCUGGGUCUGACAGAGAACCCGGAGCCGGAUUAGUGACGUGUUUUUGUAAUGUAACACUGCCAUAGAGUUACUGACGAAUGAUGGUUGUAUAAUAAUUUGUAUAGAAAGAGAAUAAUUACCGAGACAACCGAGCCCCCUUUCAGUUCAGUUCACCUGCGCGUAAGUCGCCAAGUUCACGGCCAUAAGUCUUGAGUGACGUCGGUCUUACCUGCGCGUAACUUCAUCUUUCACCUGUACAGGAAUUUUGGCUCUUUAUACCCCAAUCUCCAGCUUUAUCCUGCAUGUAUUAUUAUUAUUGCUGUCGGUUAGCAACGUCGCUUGUAUAAACGCCAGCCUUCUUCGAUGACCAUUACUGAUUCAACAACCAUCUCUCCGCUGGAUUGGAUACCGGCAAAGCAGUUCGCUAACUGGUGUCACGUCAACCAAGAAUGUUCUCUGAUAGGACAGCUAGGAUUUUGCACUUAUCCAAGACUCCUUUUGGAUUUUUUAAAAUGUCGGUACCUUUUCAAUUAUCAACAGAACACCAAACGUGCUCCAAGUACCCUGGUGCCCGUUGUAUAUAAUUCUGAACUACUGCCAUUUGUAUAUUUUGUAUUUGUCAUUUGUUAUAACCAGUGAUAAGUCAGUCGCCAAGAAUGCUAACGAUCAGUAUUUAAACGAAAAAAAAUUAUAUUUCAAAUUCUAAUCGAUACUGUUUGUCCUUGGUUUUAAUUUUUUGCUCAGUUCACUAGCGGUCGGUACAUUCUGAAACGGGACUUUACAAGACGUUUUCUUGUGUGAUUUUUUGUAGUAUUAGAUGAAAAAAAAACUCUCAAAGUGGUUAUGGGCCUUGGCCUUUUUUCUCCAUCCCAAAGAUGAGUAGUUUGAACUUAACUUUUGAAAGAUUCACCCAAAGUCAGUUUCAGUCUGUUUUCAGACAGGAAUCUGUAUAUGGAAUCAUCGACAACUUGUUUCUUUAUUAAUCCACUGGACUGCCUCAAAGAAAAACAAAACCUUGGGAUACUUACUGGCACAUUUUUCCCCCAAAUGAGACACUUCCUCUCGGAGUUUGAGAAUAAACGCACAGGAAAAUUUCACGUACAGUACAUUAAGUUUAAAUAAAGCCGAAGUGGUAAAUAAACAGUCACAUACAUUUAAAUCAUAAUGCCAUUGAACUGAGUGAUUGCAAGAUACCGAAUGGUAAGGAAUUGCUUGAAACUCUACUCCAUUGGUUUUGAAACUAAAACAAGCAUGUAUUAUACUGUUAUAUAUAUAUUUUUUUUAUUUAUUUUGAAUGGCAGUGAAUGUGUUUUUGAAAUACAUGUAUUUCGAAAGACCAAAUUUAAAGCAUUGGUGAAAGUUGACUGGUCCGUACGCUUCCGGAAUUUCAGACUUUAUUUUAAGAUUUUUUUCAGAACAGUAUUUUCCAAUCCGAAUAUCAUUUUCAUAUCAUGUAAAAUUAGUGAAAUAAUUCCCGUUGUGAAUUAAGAAGUGUUGCGUUGUAAUGCUUUUUAACACAAACCUUCGUCAACAUGGAAAUCGACAAAGAAAUCGUGAUGAUUAAAAGAAACCCGCAGAAUCCUCUUCAAAAGUGGUGUGGACAUUUUCACACAGUUGUCUUCGAAUGUUUACAUGUUCCAAUCAACAUGAAAGCUCACAAUUGGCUGGGUGCUCUAUUUGCCCGGGUAUUGAUCAAAGCUUGGUUGCCUCCGCUGUGCACUUUGGAAACCUCAACACGGUGCAUGUACGGUUCCAUUCACAAUGCUUUGUGUUGAUUUGCGAGAGGUCAAAGGUUAUCUCGGGUGGAUCAAACUUUGAAAUUCCUCGUGUUAAAAUUUGACGGCGUUCUAUAAAAUGACUGGUCGUUUUCCUGUUUGCUGGCUAUAGCUGUGCAAACGGGAAUUUUCUGGGAACCAUCGGAGAUGGUGGAGUAAAAGAUGUACCUUUUUCGGUUGGUUGAGUUUUUCAACGUGUUUGUAGUUGUAUUGUUGUUAUGGUUUGGGUACAAUGUACAGUGACCGACCUUGGGUGUGUAAUCCGUUCACUAAGUGUACUUCGUGUUUACUUGCCCCAUGAAGGCUGCAGCAUUAGUACAGAGGAGGUCUGAUUCGCUCUCAAUUCAAAGGAACCCUGACGACAAUUAAACAGGAGCUUUUUGAGACACCUUUAUUCCAGAUGAUGAGUUUUAUUACUCUGAUACACUUUCCUGGGAGUAAUUGCGCAGUCGCAGUAGGACAAUAUUCAGAGUUUUACAACAGUGGAUUUAUUCUUGAAUGACAGUUCGAUAACCAUCGUUUAUAUUCUGACCACAGACUUCUAUUAGACUGGAGCUAUGAAAUUUGAAGUCCAAGAUUAAAUUUACAACAGGUACAAAUGUAGGAUCACGGUCAGAAAAAGCCUACCUUAUUUGUGUCUUUAUGGAAGCCCGAGGCAGAACUUAAUUCUUUUAAGAACAAGAUGAACUUGUUGCCAUUUUUGUCCAAAUAUUAUUGAUAUAGGUGUACCUUCAUGUAGAUCAAAUUUGGAAAACCAAACAGUAUUCAAUAAGACUAUGAAAUGUGCUACUUGUCUUUAAAUCUACCUUGUACCAGCAUAGGUCUUCGCUUCAGUUAACUUAUACGUGUGCUCACAUGCUCGCAUUUUUGUGCUUGCUGUGCACACUAGAAACCACUUUCGUAAACCUUAUUACUUUAUGCAUUGCAGAAUGUGAUUUUUACCUUGAGACCUCGUGAAAAAAAUAUGAUUUAGAUUUCAAUUUAAUGGAAAAUAAUCACAUUUCAUACUGUUUCUGUCUUUUUAGUUGAAACUGGCAUCAGGGAGAAAUGAUCUAGAAUUUGCGAUCGUAAAUAUCGUCAGGCCUUUAGGACAGACUCACCAAAAGAAAGGUAUUGUAAGUCGUUUUAGUACCCCCAGACUCUUUAGAAUUAAUCUCACAAUUGUACAAUGGCAUAUGUGAGAAAAAAAGAAAAAUGCAGUAACUUUGUGUAAUCGAACGUCCAGUUGUGGUUUGCCAAUCUGUGCGAUUACAGUUUAUUUGCUUUACUUAUGGUAACUGCAAAGUAUACAUUAUUUUCAUGUUUGAUACCAACUUCUUCCAAUAUUUAAUUUUGCAAUUUUUAUAUCAAUUGUAACCAUACGAUGAACAUUUUGUAUGCCUAGGGUAUCAUUGGUUCAACGUUUGAAUGAAGAACCCUUUUGUACUUAAUUUGUAGACCUAAGGAAAAAUUUAACUAAAUAUCGAAAAGUACUUAAAUUAUAUAAAAACGGUAACGUUUUUUCUUGAAAACA